UCCUCCGACAACCGUCUCCAGCCUGCCCGUCGCCGUCCGGUCGCAACUGAACACUUUUGUCGUGCACAAGUCUCCGAAUUUCUCAAAAACGGUAUCGGCCGAUUUUCGAAGACGACAAUUUCCCCGACAGAACCAGUCAAGAUGGCCACCAAGGAGCUCACGUACCAGGACGUCGCCGAGCACAACACCAAGAAGGACCUUUACCUCGUCAUCCACGACCAGAUCUACGAUGUGACCAAAUUCGUGGACGAGCACCCCGGUGGCGAGGAGGUCCUUCUCGACGUUGCUGGCCAGGACGCCACCGAGGCCUUCGAGGAUGUCGGCCACAGCGACGAGGCCCGCGAGACGCUGGCCAAGCUCAAGGUCGGCACGCUGAAGCGUAACCCCGGCGACCCAAAGCCCAAGACCCCCGCUCCCGGCGCGGUGCCUCCGGCCGCGAAUUCCUCCUCGGCGGGCUUCGGCUUCGGCGUCUAUGCCCUUGUCCUCAUCGGCGGUGCGGUCGCGUACUUUGCCUACCAGUACCUGCAGCAACAGCAGGGUGCGCAGAGCGCCUAGCUUGCUUCCACGCGGUUGACGGUCACGGCGAACGCGCAAGAUGUUUCUGACCAAUGCGUGGGGUUCCGGGGCUCUGCUUGCGCUGCUGGCCUGCACCAGAUGGAACCGGAGAAACCCACUAGCGCCUGCCUAGGUGCUCAUCUCGUUCCCCUAUGAUGCACUUGGAUGCGGUCCCAGGCGGCUCGUCCUUCGCAGCAGAUGCCUGCCAGGAGUGGUGGCUACUUCUUUUGGUAUUCAACAACUACAGAUGGGAUCGGUUUAUGAUGGGGGAUAUCUUGUAUGCCAGAGGUUCAUGCAUUUCGGCGUCAGGAAGCAAGCAAGCAAGCAAGCGAACCAGGAGGCCCGCUGCUCCGCCAUCUCUCGGGUGCAGCAGCAAGUGCCUGGCUGGAAUUGUCGCAUAACUUAUAGACUUUUGUAAUUCUGC